AUGCAUAUGAGCAUUCCGAAUUCCAUACGGAUUCUAAUCAUCCUCUGUGGAUUGCUUUCCUUGGUCGCUUUAACCUACGCGGGCCGGCCAGGUGCAAUGGGUAUCUACGGGCCAGAAGGACCUCCAGGAGACCCUGGUCAAGCUGGACCUCCUGGACCUCGAGGAGAUAAAGGUGACCCAAGUCCACGAGGAAAACCGGGUAGGAAGGGAGAAGCGGGCCAACCAGGAUUACCCGGAUUCGCAGGUGUUCAUGGUAUGAAGGGGUAUCCUGGAGAUCCUGGUUUGCCCGGUGACAAAGGAGACAACGGCUGUGAUGGAGAACCAGGUGACCAUGGAGCCAAAGGUGAUCGGGGUGAACCUGGUGUGAAAGGUCAACAAGGCGUGGAAGGUCGUAAAGGAAUGAAGGGAUUUGCCGGUGAUACGCGACAGGGUUUACUCGGAGAAAAGGGUCAAGUCGGAGAGCCUGGAUUGGAGGGCAUUGAGGGUGAUCCUGGUCUUGUAGGACCACCUGGGUUUCCUGGAGAACGAGGCCCGACUGGAUUGCCAGGUGCUCGUGGUUUACCCGGUGACAUUGGACCUCCGGGUCGUCCGGGAGUUUACAUUCAAACGAAGCGAGAAAAAGGUGAUAUGGGUUUCCAAGGUCCACCAGGAACUCCAGGACAACCAUGUGACGAAGUUAUGGUGAAUCGAACUAUCGAAGAGCUAAUCAGGAUUUCAUUUGGUCCAACGGGAGAAGUGGGAUUUUCCGGUGCACCUGGUCCGAAAGGAGAGAAAGGUUAUCCUGGACGACCUGGAAUUGAGGGUGAUGUUGGAGAUGUUGGCGCUCCAGGAGAACCGGGACCAGCGGGAGACUCCGGUGUGGAUGGUCCGCGUGGUGACCCCGGUGAUUUUGGCGAAAAAGGUGAUCCAGGUCCGUAUGGUCGUGAUGGCCAAAGAGGACCAAAGGGUCGACAAGGUCCACCCGGAAAACACGAAUGCCCGAUUGAUCAAAUGCCUAAAGGGAGCCCCGGUGAGGAGGGUUACAAAGGAGAAAAGGGUGAAGCCGGCGAACCUGGAGAAAGAGGGAAACCGGGUGAAAAAGGUCUUCCAGGUUUAGAAGGACCGAAAGGUACACAAGGCUACCCCGGAAAGCAGUGUGAACCUGGGCCUGUGGGUGAACCAGGACCAAAAGGAAACUACGGUACCAGUGGAGAACCUGGAUGGCCUGGUGACGCUGGAGAGCCCGGUAAACCGGGAGAACGAGGAGCUCCUGGAGAUGACGGCAUUGUCGAAGUUGGUGAAGUCGGAAGAGACGGAGUUCAAGGAUUUCGUGGUCCGAAGGGUGAAACUGGGGACCCCGGCGAUCCGGGCGAGAAAGGAUUCAACGGUGAUUACGAGAUUGGUGCACCGGGGUCACCAGGUGAACCUGGAGAUGAUGGUGAACCUGGUCCAGUUGGCGACCCUGGUUUGCCAGGCCUGCCUGGACCAAAAGGUGAGCGCUUAGCAUCAUGUCCACUAUGUCCGGAUGGUAUUGACGGCCCUCGAGGUGACACUGGCGAAGAGGGUUUGCAAGGUUACAAGGGCGCUCCCGGAAUUAACGGUGAUUCCGGUGAACCCGGUCCUAUGGGUGAAGACGGACAUAUCGGAGAAACUGGAAUCAAAGGUGUCAAGGGUUCUAUUGGUGAAACUGGGAAUAUUGGUGAGAAAGGAGACCCAGGCGAACCAGCUGUUGUUACGCGAACCGUGGAAGACGUGAUUCCAGGAGACCAAGGUGACGAAGGCAAACCUGGGACCGAAGGUGAUCCUGGUGAACGAGGUGAUGAGGGUCCUUCAGGAGAAACUGGCGACGAAGGACCGAAAGGACCUGAGGGUGAAGCUGGCGAGCCAGGCCCAAUCGGGGAGCAUGGUGAUUUGGGUGACGUUGGCGCGCCCGGUCUUCCUGGAGAGAAUAUUACCGAUGUCGUGGGAGAAUUGGGCCAGAAGGGUGAACCAGGAGAACGUGGUGCCAAAGGAAUGCCUGGGCGACCCGGUCGAACACAUAACUGUACCCUUGAUAAAAAAGAUUUCCCCGUACAAAAUGAAACUGACAUCGACGGGGACCGCGGUGAAAAGGGUGAACCCGGUGAGGUUGGCGAAGAAGGCCCGAAAGGAGAGCGCGGAAGAAAAGGAGAGAUUGGAAAACCGGCACUGCCAGCAGAACACGGUGAUCGUGGUCCACCAGGCNCCAGGACCCCAAGGCAUCAAAGGAGAUAUGGGACCAGAAGAACCGAUUGGGAGAACUGCAUCCUGCCCGUCGGUAUUCAGGGUUCCGAAGGUCCUGAUGGUCAACGCGGUAUUGGAGUUGACGGGGAAGUGGGAGAUCCGGGUGAACGGGGUCCUGACGGCCUGAAAGGAUACAAAGGGNUCGGUGAGAACGGAAUUGGCGGAGAGUUCAGUGAGGGAGACAAAGGUGAAAUGGGACCCAAGGGUGUGGAAGGCGAGCCUGGUGAUACUGGUAUAGAUGGGCCACCUGGACCGAUGGGUGAUAAAGGUAUUCCCGGUUUGGACGGUCCUCCUGGAGAUAAAGGUGACUUGGGUGAAAAAGGAGAUCGCGGUCCAAAAGGAGAACCCAGUGUUGGUAUGGAAGAUGGUGACCAUGGUGACAAAGGUGAAAUAGGUCCACAAGGACCUGCUGGUGAGGUCGGUGAAUCCGGAGAUGAAGCUAAAUGCACUGAAGAAGGCCUACAGGGAGAGGCGGGGCCACAGGGUGAACCUGGUGAACCUGGUCCGGAAGGUGAUGAAGGAGAACUGGGUGAUACUGGAGAUCCGGGCGAAGAUGCUCCUGGUCCAGCUCCUGACGGUGAGAAAGGUGAAGUCGGAGAGGAGGGUCCUGUCGGCCUGGUGGGUGAGGAAGGUCCUAAAGGAGAAGCGGGACCUCCUGGUCCGGAGGGUGAAAAGGGAGACAUUGGUACAACCGGCGAGGUUGGAGAUCCUGGACCCGAUGGUGUCCCUGGGAAAGAUGGCGAACCGGGCAUCGAUGGCGACCCUGGUCCCGAUGGAGAGUCGGUCGUUGGAGAAGUAGGUGACGAAGGACCACAGGGUCCGGAAGGAGAUGCCGGAGAAGCAGGUGACAAGGGUGCUCCAGGAGAAGUUGGGGAACCUGGUGACUCAGGCGAAGACUCGCCUAUGAUUAAGGGAGAACAGGGACCUGCCGGUGAAGAUGCUGAGCCUGCAGCUCCUGGUGAGCCCGGUCCAGAUGGGGAAAAGGGACCGAAAGGUGAACAAGGUGAAACCGGACCGCAAGGAGAAAAGGUAGGCUGA